AGUCAAAUAGCAGAUUUCAGCAGAAAAAGGGUUACUCACAAGCCUCAUUUGCAAGAAGAGAAACUGUGGAAAAAGUAUGAGUUAGCUGCAAAAGGUACUACAGAAACAUAAAAAUAUUAUUCAAGCUAUCUACUAAAGGAUGAUAUAAUGUGGUUGCUUGUUUUCAUAGAUGGAAAUGACGCGGCAACAAAUACACCAAUCUUGUUUACUACAAAUUGGGAUGCUGAUGAUUCUGGAACUAUGAGUGAUGAAGCUGAUACCAGCAAUGAUGGUGACAUGGGAAAUGAUAUGCAUGAUUUUCAUGAUGGUGCAAAUGGUGCAGAUGAAUUAAUGGGUAAUGAAAAUCUGGAAAGUGAAGAAUCCCAGGAUAGCCAUGGCUUUGCAGGUACCUCAAAGACCAGUAAGCACAACAAUGCAACUGAAUUAGUUGAUGAAAAUCUGGAAAAUGAAGAAGUGCGGGGUAACCAUGACCUUACAGCUACGUCCAAGACUAGACCUCAAACAGGUGAAAAGCGCAGGGUCCGUGGGAAAAAUAAAUGCAAGGAAGUAGCUGAUCUCAUGGAGUCCCAAAAAAUUAAAGUCCGGUUUUACAAUAACCGUGCACUUUCCAAAAGUUUUGCACGACACUUGGGUAGAAUUGUCCGUAAUCCUAGAAUUACCCCGAUGAGGGUAAAGGAAUGGUCCAAUAUUACUGAUGCAGCUCGGAAACAUAUAUUUGAUGCAAUUAAGGACAAGUUCGAAAAUAUUGACGACAACAUUGCAAUAGAUGUGUACAAAGAUGAGAUAUUAGACCAUGUCAAGAAACUUUGGAUCAACUGGCGUGGAGACUUGCACCGGCAUUUUGUGAAACCCAACAAGACUAUGCAAGAGGCUAUGAAAAAGGUACCUAAAGAUAUUCCAAAGGAUGACUGGGAAUGGCUUGUCAAGGAGCAUUUUUCAGCAGGGAGUUUCUGUCAAUUGCCUAUGUUGGAACAGGGAGGAAAGGAAAACAAGCCACCGAGUAUGGAUAAACUAUUUUCAGAGACACACAAGAAGGGUACAGACUUCCCUGAUUCUACAACCUCCGCCAAACAUGCACAAAUUAAGACCAUAGUUCAGUUGAAUCCUGGUCUUUCAAAUGAUGAAGUCAUGCAGAAAUGUGACACAUCUAAGCGGCAUGAUUGCGUAGUUGGAUUUCGUGGUGGAAUUAGAGCAAGAGAUUUGCGAGGACCAGCAUUAAGUAAGGCUGAAUUAGUUUCUCAACUUCAAGCUUCUGAGCAAGCGAAACAAGUACUCGAAGAAAAGGUCAACGGGAUGGCGCAAGAAGUAUCAGAAAUUAAGCGUCUUCUAUCUGGUAGAUCUCUGACUGAUAGUUCUCAUGAACGCCAACAUGAUCAAGACUGA